AUGAGCAAGCAAAGCCCCGCCAACAGAGAAGUGCGACUGGAGUUCCAAUCGCCGUCUACUCCCCGCCCAGCAAUUACCGACCAGCCCGCUCGACCAUCGGCUCGAGGUGUCCGUGAUGGGCGUAUCACGAAAAAUAAGGCAGCACCUUCCAUAUUUUUACCAUCGCCAAAGAAAUCGAAAGGUGAUCCCACGAUCAAGCUGGAUGUAGAGACGAAGCCAGGAAGGCGGGUGUUGCAUGCCACCAUCGCCCAAUAUGCGCACGAGCAUAAAUUUACGCGACACAACGGGACCAUCAGUGGUGAUGUUGUACGUUACACCAAGAACGGAUACCUUCCAAUUGUGGUUUUGUCUCGUAUAAAUUGCUUUGGUGCUGAACAAGUUCCGGGCGGCGCGGAUGGCUACGUUUAUUCCGACUCAGCAGUACUGCCAGAGGUUCAGAAAUAUCCCUCUUUCCACUUAUUUGUCCAUACCACGCAUGGCGGUACAAAUAAACAUGACGCCGCCAUAUAUCGUGGGGUAUAUUCUGCGCAGAUUACACAGACGUUAAUGCCAUCAAGCGAGAUUUUGAAGUCUACAAAAGUGGUGAGUGAGUUGGAAGUGUAUAACUACAUCAUUCUAAGCACAGCAUUUGACAGGAACGUGAGACCUUGA